AUGGCUGGCGCACAAGCGACUGGCUACAAUACUUCGGUCGAAGCCUUUCGGGAACAUGAAUAUCCCAUGCUCAAAGAUGCCGUCUACCUCGACCACGCGGGGACGACUGUGCCUCCCAAGUCCGCCGUUGAUGCCUUUGCAAAGGACAUGACGUCCAACCUGUUUGGAAACCCACACUCAGGAUCGCCUUCUUCGCAACUGUCCUCGUCUCGCAUCGACGACAUUCGCGCGCGGGUACUGCAGUUCUUCAAUGCCGACCCGACCGAAUUCGAUCUCGUCUUCGUGGCGAAUGCGACCGCCGGCAUCAAGCUCGUCGCUGAAGCUUUCAGGGCCAGGCCCGGGAGUUUUGCCUAUGCAUAUCAUUCUGCGAGCCACACCAGUCUCGUUGGUGUCAGGGAGGAGGCAAACAGAAGCCUUUGUCUCGAUAACGAAGCCAUGGAGGAUUGGCUCUUUGAGAAGCAUCGACCGUUGUUGCUGUCAGACAAUGAAGAGGACGCUCUUCUGUUCGCAUAUCCGGCACAGUCCAAUAUGGACGGACGACGAUAUCCUCUAGAGUGGUCAGAUCGUCUUCGACGGAUAGAGUCAAACAAUGGGCGAAGGCUCUAUACUCUGCUCGACGCGGCAGCCUUUGCCUCGACCAGUCCACUUGACUUGUCAGACUCGGAUGCUGCGCCGGACUUUACCGUUCUCAGCUUUUACAAGAUCUUUGGUUUCCCCGACUUGGGCGGACUGAUUAUUAGACGACAAGCAGAGCCCUUGUUCGACUCGAGGAAGUACUUCGGCGGAGGCACUGUAGACAUGGUUCUCUGUGGAAAAGAGGAAUGGCAUACGUUCAAGACCGAAUCACUUCACAGCCGGUUAGAGGACGGCACACUUCCGGUCCACAACAUUGUUGCCUUGGAUACCGCCAUGGAUGCGCAGCGACGGUUGUACGGGUCGAUGCACGACGUGGCAUCUCAUACCCGGUAUCUAUCCCGGCGCCUGUUUUCUGGGCUUCAAAGGAUUCAGCAUGGGAACGAGACCCCAGUAUGCGAGAUGUAUUCUCCAGACCCAGUCUGCCUCGGGACAUCCAUAGACUGUGGCCCUAUCGUGGCAUUCAAUCUUCGAAACCACUUGGGUGCGUGGAUUAGUGCUGCGGAGUUCGAGAAGUUGGCGAGUCUCAAGGGUUUUCACAUACGGACCGGAGGCGUGUGUAACCCGGGUGGCAUCGCCUCGGCAUUGGGUCUGGCGCCCUGGGAGAUGAAGCGCAACUUCUCGGCCGGCUUCCGAUGCGGGACGGAUAAUGACGUGGCGGGAGGGAAGCCGACUGGUGUCAUCCGUGCAAGCCUGGGCGCAAUGAGUACGCUGUCGGAUGUUGAUCGGUUCAUCGCAUUCAUUGAGGAGUUUUACACCGAGAGAAAGACCGCUGCACCACAGGAGAAAUAUAAUACUCGCAUCAGUACCCCAGCAUCGAGAUACAGGGUUCAGCGUCUCAACGUAUUCCCGAUCAAGGGCUGUGGUGGUUUUACGGUUCCUCUGAACACAAGCUGGGAGAUCAGGCCAGAAGGGUUAGCCUGGGACAGAGAAUGGUGUCUACUUCACCGUGGCACUGGCCAAGCCCUGGGACAGAAGCGGCAUCCCAAGAUGGCCUUGCUCAGGCCGUCACUUGAUUUUGAACGGGGAGAGUUGCGGGUGAGGUACGCAGGGGAUAUGCCUGCCCACUCAUCAAAGGAAAUAGCUGUCCCUCUGUCCGCCAAUCCCGCAAUGCUCAGCCCAGUAGGCACCUUCCGGGCCAGAUCCUCCCGCGUCUGCGGAGACGAGAUCUCCGCACAGACUUACACCGAUCCAACCGUGAACAACUUCUUCUCCGCCGCGCUAGGGGUGCCGUGCGUCCUCGCCCGCUUCCCACCCGGCGGGGAAGGCAAGACGAUGAGACACUCCAAGGCCCGGAUACAGCAGCACCAGAACCUAGCCGCCUGUGCUCGCCCUUAUAGCCUCCCAGGGGCAUUCCCCACACCGCCAUCGCCACCAGACUCGGAUACCGAGAGCGCCCAGCGGCGCAUCCUCCUCUCCAACGAGAGCCCCAUACUGGCCAUCAACCUCGCGAGCGUCCGCGCGCUGAACAAAGAGAUCAAGGCCAACGGCGGCGGGAAGGAGGUCAGCGCCGACGUCUUCCGCGCCAACGUGGUCAUCGACUCGACCGACGGCGGCGGCCCGGACGAGCCCUACGCCGAGGACGGCUGGGCGGGCAUCACCGUCGGCGGGGCGCAGCGGUUCGCGAUGCUCGGGUCGUGCCGCCGGUGCCACAUGAUCUGCAUCAACCAGGCGACGGCCGAGAAGAGCGAGGAGCCCUUCGUCACGCUGUCCAAGACGCGGCGGUUCGACGGCAAGGUGUUCUUCGGGACGCACAUGGGGCUUCGUAGCCCCAAUGGGUUGGGGGAGGCGGCCGCCGGUGCCGCCAGGACGAAGGAGGCGCAGCAUCCCACAAUUCGGGUGGGGGAUGCUGUUGUUGUCGAGAUGCUUUGA